AUGCUUCAAAACCCCAACUUGUCUGUCCUGAACAGACACCCCGAUGUUCUCACAGGGCCGGAAUACUUACACCACCUGGUACCCCGGUCAUCCGCCACGGAUCAGCCCGCCAUCGACUUCCUGGAAAACGGAGUCAAGAGGCGCAAGCUUACCUAUGGAGAAUUGCACACGGCCAGCGAUGGACUUGCGGACAGAAUCGGGGCACUUUUGGCGAGGCUGAAAAAUGCUUCCAAUGUGGUCCCAGUCCUACUACCACAGUCUCCAGAGUUAUACAUCGCCUUGCUGGCCAUAUUGAAGAGUGGACGAGCCUUCUGUCCGAUAGGUCUCGACUUGCCACCAGAAAGAGUGGCCUUCAUCCUCAAGGACAUCUCAGCUGACAUCUUGGUUACGAAUACGACACUCAAGGAAAAUCUUCCAUCCUCUUCCAACACGCGAGCGUUGCUCGUUGAUAGCGAUGAUCAUGAGUACUCUAAUGGUACCGUAAGCUCAGAGACACAACACCAGCGGCAAUCGCGGUUGGCAUACGUGCUCUACACAUCAGGAUCAACAGGACUUCCUAAGGCUGUCAGUGUGUCCCAUCGAGCUGUCACUCAGAGCCUUCUGGCCCAUGAUCGGCACCUCCCUCCCUUCACUCGAUUCCUGCAGUUCGCGGCACCUACAUUCGACGUGUCGAUAUUCGAGAUAUUCUUUCCUUUCUAUCGAGGAGUCACAAUUGUUGGGUGCACACGGACACAUAUGCUCAAUGAUUUGCCUGCCACCAUUUCCUCGUUGCGCGCAGAUGCCGCCGAGCUCACGCCAACAGUAGUCAGCAACUUACUUCGAGGCCGACAGAGUGUGCCGGGCCUUAAGUUGUUGCUCACGAUCGGCGAAAUGUUGACCAGAGAUAUCGUCAAUGAAUAUGGUGGAACCGAAAAGCGACCCAGUAUCCUCUGGGGCAUGUACGGACCGACCGAAGCUGCGAUUCACUGCACUUUGCAACCUAGCUUCUCCUGUGAUUCGCCUUUGGGGAAUAUUGGAUUCCCACUCGACACUGUCACAGCUAUCAUUGCGGCUCCCGCUCCCCUGGGUGAACCGAUACAAGGCGUCAAGAUCAUGCCAAGGGGCGAGGUUGGCGAAUUGGUCAUCGGAGGGCCUCAAGUUGCCGAUGAAUACCUUAAUAGACCAGAACUAACGUCAGCUUCGUUUAUACAAGAUGCAGAACUCGGCUGUCUCUACCGUACAGGAGACAAGGCGCGAUUGUGCUUUGAUGGUACGCUCGAGUGCUUAGGACGCAUAACUUCUGGACAGGUGAAACUAAGGGGACAAAGAGUGGAACUCAGCGAGAUUGAGCAGACCAUCAUCAAAGUAGACAAUUGCUAUAGUGCAGUUGUGAUGGUAAUCGCCGAUACGUUAGUUGCGUUCUGUGCCACGGACUCAUCUAAGUUGUCAAGCGCCAUCAUCCAAGAAACCUGCAGACAGUGGCUGCCAGGCUAUAUGGUACCCUUUGACAUUAUCCUCGUCGACCGCAUGCCUCAGCUUCCUUCGGGAAAAGUCGAUAGGAAAGCCCUGGAGGCCACCUACUUAGGAAAUGAGUCUAGUUCAAGCUCUUCGGUCCUACAGUGUAACAGUGUGUCAUCUGAUCCUCUUACUUCGGUUUUCGAAAGAGUGCUUGGACGAGCGAUUGCAGACGAUGAGGACCUUGGCAACGUCGGACUAGACUCACUGCGAUCGAUCCGCAUUUCGUCUGCGCUACGCAGACAGGGGCUCGACGUUGGAUCUGUAGACAUACUCACCACAAGAAAUCUCCACGAGCUCAAACGACUCUGCAAAGGAAGAAAGAUGCGGAACUGCAGUCCUCCGGAACAUGUCACUGUCGACCCAAGUCGCUUGUCAAAUAUUGCGGAGCUGCAACAUUACAGAAAUGACAUAAACGACGUAUUACCAUGCACACCUUUGCAGGAAGCAAUGCUGACGGAGACCACUAUCGAACCCAGUGCGUACUGUAACUGGAUAGAGGUCGAAUUGUCGGAGCAUCUCUCAUUCUCACGAAUACGUGAGCUGCUUGAAACCCUUGUGCAACACAACGAGAUCCUUCGCACUGGAUUCUGCAUGACCAGUACGACAUCUACAUCCUUCGUACAGCUUGUGUGGAAGAAGUUGCUGCCAUCUACGCUGGCCAAUGUCUCAACUUUCUCAAGAUCGUACUCUCUAGGGUCGGUCCAAUCUCUUUUACAUCCAUUCACUGUUCAAAUAAUCACGGCAACAGAGAGGCCGCGCCUUCUGUUCCAAAUACAUCACGCACUGUACGAUGGCUGGUCUUUCGAUCUUCUCCUACGCGACUUGAACGAACUGCUGGCAGGACGUUCGAGCAUUACUCGACCGCAGUUCCGUGAGGUGGUCCAAUACUAUUCACAAUUGUCUAGCUCAGGUGGUCUGGACAAAAGUGUGGACUAUUGGGCAAGUGUUCUUCGCGAAUACCGUCCAACACCGCUACCGAAUUUUAAUGGCAGAACGCUUCCCUCUACAGGGCUUUUAUCUCUGCAUGGAGAGUAUGCCGUCGAUAUGAAGUAUCUCUCCACCGCGGCGAAAGAGCACACAAUCCACCCUCAGGUUUUUUAUCAAGCCGCCAUCAGUCUUGUCUUGAGCCAGUAUUUGGGAACCUCUGACAUCGUUCUUGGCAUUGUCACAUCCGGCAGGACUAUUCCUGUCACCCAAGUUGAGGAGAUAAUGGGCCCUUGCAUUGCCACUCUCCCUUUCCGCGCGGACCUGUCCUGCCCUGAAGUUUGCGUUUUGCUACAAAGGACGCAACAAGCCAAUCGGGAGAUGUUAGAACACUGCACUCUACCUAUGCGCGAGAUUAUCAAACUGUGCCAGCUUCGUUCGGGAGAGCGUUUGUUCGACGUCCUCUUCGUAUGGCAAGAGUCCCUUGUCUCAGCCGAGGAUCAAAAGCUUGCUCUGCGCACAGUGAAUAGCAAGGACAACCUGGAGUUCAAGAUCACGUUCGAAAUCGAACCUCGCGAUGAGAAUGUCGCCUAUCGAAUAACCUACAAUCCUUCGACAGUCCCAAAGAAACAGGUUGAACAUUUCGCAAGACAGGUCGAGCAGACUGUUCAGUACUUCCUUUCUAGUCGUGGCACCCAGUUAGAAGGCGCAAACAGACUCCUAGAUGAGGACGCAUUGUCAAUUGCAAAUCCCAAACCGGAGUUAGAGCCCAUUCGACACGGUCCAGCCCACUGUGUGGAGGAGCGGGCCGUCAAGACACCAUGUAAAGACGCGGUAAUUCUUGGAUCUAUCGUCGAUGGCAGCAUGGAAAUCAAAGAAAGGCUAUCGUACGCUUCGCUGAACGCACGUGCAAAUCAGCUUGCGCACGCUCUGAUGGCACUCGGCGCUGGAAAGGACCAAUUGGUAUGCGUUAUGCUGGAAAAGUCUAUCGAUCUUUACGUUUCCAUCCUGGCCAUCCUCAAAACUGGAUGCGGUUUCCUGCCGAUCGUGCCAGACACUCCAGCAGAGCGAGUCAAUCGCAUAAUAGCCGACGCAGGGGUUACGAUUUGCAUAAGCAGACUCCAAUUCACAAAGCACAUUCAGCGGGAUGAUCUUGUGGUGUUAGAUACUGCUGAGCCGGAUCUUGCAAAAUAUUCGGAUCACAAUCUCACCACUUCGUACAAUGGCGCACAUCUGGCUUACGCAGUAUUUACUUCAGGAAGUACCGGCAAGCCCAAGGGCGUCCUUGUAACCCAGGACAACCUCAUGCACAAUCUGGACUAUCUCGCCACUAUCUACCCAUACACCGAGAACUCAAGACUGCUACAAUCUUGCUCCCAAGCUUUCGAUGUCUCGGUUUUCGAAAUCUUCUUUUCUUGGUAUAUUGGCAUAUGUUUGUGCACAGCCACCAAAGACGAUCUCUUCUACGAUCUCGAAGCUGCUAUCGACAGCUUGGAUAUCACUCAUUUGAGCCUGACACCCACGGUAGCGGCCUUGGUCGACCCGGACAAGGUCCCCAAAGUGAAAUUCUUGGUGACAGCUGGCGAGGCGGUCACAGAGGGUGUCAAGCGCAAAUGGGCUGGCAAAGGGCUAUACCAAGGUAUUCAUAACAAAUUACUUACCAGUGCUCGGUAUGGACCUUCGGAAACAACCAACAUCUGCACUGUAAAACCUCGUGUAACCGAGACCGAUCUGAUCAACAAUAUUGGGCCAGUGUUCCCGAACACCUCCCUUGUGAUACUGGAGCCCGGCAGCAACCAUAUAGUUCCCCGAGGUGCAAUCGGUGAACUGUGCUUUGGGGGAGCCCAAGUCUUUCGUGGUUAUCUCAACAGACCGGAUCUAGACGCCGAAAAGAUCCUAGAGCAUCCGACAUAUGGACGAAUCUAUAGAUCUGGCGAUAUGGGCCGGCUGCUACCGGAUGGUUCGAUUUUGUCCACUGGGCGCCUGGAUGACCAGGUGAAGAUUCGCGGGCAAAGGGUCGAACUUGGGGAGAUUACUUCCCUCGUGCUUGAUCAAUCUUUCGUCCAGGACUGCACGACUGUCUUGGUUGAAAAAGGCACUGCACAACCAAAUGGUCAUCACGAAGGGAAAUCAAGUCAAAAGCUCGUCGUUUUCUGGGUGCCAGAAGGUAGGACGCCUGCAGAAUUCUGUUCUCUUGCUCCGCAGAGAUACCGCACACAAACAUUGGAAACAUUUGAGUCACUGUCUCUGCAACUUCCAGCGUACAUGAUGCCGACGCACAUUGUACCUAUCAGCCGCAUUCCUGUGACGCCUCAAGCAAAGAUCGACAAGAGGUUGUUGCACAGUACUUUCCAGGUGCUUCGAAACGAACAUCUGGAAUCUACAUCGUUAGGCUCUAGAUCAGAACGAGACAGCCAGACGCUUACUGUAGCCGAGAUGACCAUAGCAGAGGCACUGUCACAGACCUUGACCCUACCACCAGCUGUCAUUAAGCGAACUUCAUCAUUUUUCAACCUCGGCCUGGAUUCGGUAUCUGCAAUCCGCUUGGCUAAAAAGCUUCGAGAUGCGGGCUUCGAACAUCUUCCUGUAUCGGUCAUUCUCAAAAAUCCAACCAUGGAGCGACUGUCUACGAUGCUUUCGGAGAAUUCUACACUAGAAUCCGUUAGUCAAGUCACAACAUUGGGACAAAAUUUGACCAAUGUCUUCAACUCCACCCAACUAUCUCGUAUACGCGCUGAACUUGCUACGAACGGCGAAGUCAUAGAUAGAAUCUUGCCUUGCACACCACUACAGGAGGCCAUGUUAUCGAUCGGAUCAUCGAACGGCCAUGGGGAUGGAGAUGCCUCCUACUACAAUGUGAUGGUUUUUGCUAUCAAUGACUCUCUUGAGCGCUUGAAGAAGUGCUGGGAGCGUAUGAUUCAUCGGCACGACAUCCUACGGACCACAUUCGUGUCAACCGACAAUGUGCAACAUGCGUUUGCCCAGGUCAUUAUGAAGGAUGAUACCGUAAUCUGGGACGAGAUAGACCAGAGUAGAGAUGUGAGAGUGUAUGCAAGAAACGUGCUCCCUGACUUACUUCGUUCACACAAGCCUCCUGUGCGUCUGGCGAUCCAGGGCCAUGGGACUUCGGCGAAGAUCGUCUUCUGCUGUCAUCAUGCGUUGUACGACGGUGUGGCUAUGACGACCCUUCUUGAAGAAGUACAGAGUGUGUACUUGGAAAGGGAACUGUCAGCUCCUAUACGCUACGAAUCUUACUUGCGACACAUGGUAGCCUCCGACCUCGGAAAGGUUCAUCGAUUUUGGACAGAAGCACUGGCGAACUUCGAGCCGACGUACUUUCCGAACCUCUCUGGUAGGGUAUUACAAACUUCACGGACGACAGGCACGGUCCGUAAGCACAUACAGAUGCCACUCAGCGAAUUUUCGCAACACUGUCGAAAGACCUCCACUUCGCUUUUGUCUCUAGUACAGGCGGCAUGGGUGAAGCUUUUACAUUUCGUUCUGGCAGAUACGGACCUGUGCUUCGGGAAUGUGGUCAGCGGUCGCACCCUGCCGGAAGAUGGGCUCGACCGCCUGGUUGCACCAUGCUUCAACACGCUCCCUAUACGCUUGAAUUUCGACUUCAACCAAUCAAAUACUGAACUCUGCAAGAAGCUACAUGCCUUCAGCGUGGAGGCGCUACCUUUUCAGUUGACCCCUCUACGAUGGAUCCAGUCCAAAAUACGACAAAAAGAAGGACGCUUGUUUGAUACGCUCGUUAUCCUCCAACAGCCGAGCAAGCCACUCGACAGCUCGAUUUGGAGCCUAGAACUGGAAGAUGGAGAUAUGGGCCUGCCGAUUGUUUGCGAAGUGUCUCAAGACAGUAGUACGGACACGUUGACACUCAAUCUGCACUACCAAUUCGACCUGUGUCGACGAGACGAUGCGGAAACACUUGCGGCGAUCUUCAGCCAUGGACUCCAGUCUCUUGUUCACUAUCCAGAUGUUGCAGCGGAAGAUACAAUCGGACUUCCGGGCCGUUUGUUGAGUCAGUCCAAUAUCAACUUUCGACCAUUUGAAACAUCAAAUGGUGGACUCUUACACUCUGCAUUUGAGCGGAAUGCCGUAGAGAGACCUGAUGCGAUCGCCCUUGACUUCCACGACCCCAGCGGAGCAGCAAUGACUCUCACCUUUCGUGCUCUUAAUGAAAAGGCGAAUCAGAUUGCGCAUGCUUUGGUCGACCUCGGCAUAAAGCCCGAGGAUGUCGUGCCUAUACAUAUGCCAAAGAGUCCAGACUUUUACAUCAGCAUACUCGGAGUCCUCAAAGCCGGCGCAGCAUUUUCACCAAUUCACCCAGAUUUACCGGAAGAGAGGAAGCAGUUCAUGGUUCUCGAACUAGCACCGAAAGUCAUACUGUCGCGUGAGAGUGCUAUUUACUGGCUUCGAAGCAGUAACACUGUCGUGGUCGACAUGAGGAGGAAUGGAAAUUUUCCCAUUGAAAAUCUCUAUGUUGAAGAUCUUCGCCCUACGAACAUUGCGUAUUGCCUCUAUACUUCGGGCUCUACGGGUCUACCAAAAGCUGUCAGCAUGGAGCACAGCUCACCCAUUCAGACAAUUGAAAGUUCCCGAUCAUUAAUACCUUGGAGCCACAGUUCAAGGCUUCUACAAUACGCUGCCGUCACGUUCGACAUGUGCUACUAUGACUGCUUCCUUGCAUGGACUUUCGGCUUCAGUCUAUGUGCUGCCGACCAAGACACCAUGCUCAACAAUCUUGCAGGUUCAAUCAAUGACCUGAGCGUAGACUUGCUUGACCUUACGCCUUCUGUGGCGACUUCGCUCAGACGAACAGAAGUCCCUAACGUCAAAUGGCUCUACUGUAUCGGCGAAGCGAUGACACCUGAAGUGGCCAACGAAUGGGGCAGAGCGUGUGUCAACUCCUACGGGCCUACAGAAGCUGCGUUCUGCACUACAAUCUUUACCACCACACCCGAAAGAAAAACUUCAGUCAUUGGACGUCCAUUCCCAACCACUUCUUUUGCAUUGUUUACGCCUCGAGGAGACCGACCAUUGCCUAUAUUUGGCAUUGGCGAAUUGUACAUUGGCGGCGCCCAACUCGCACGAGGCUACCAUGGCCAAUCGCAACUUACCGAGGAGAAAUUCGUUUACAAGUGCGGACGGAGAUUCUAUAAAAGCGGAGAUAUGGUGCGAAUGCUUGGCGACGGCAACUUCGAGUUCCUUGGACGCACUGAUGACCAGGUCAAGAUCAGGGGGCUGCGGGUUGAGCUUGGUGAGAUCAAUAAGACCCUCAAGGACAGUGACGAGGCGAUAGCAGCGGUCACGGCGCAAAUAUUAAAGAAAGAGGAUAGAUCAAAGGACCAGCUUGUUGCGUUCUUUGUGCCUCAGCGAACAGUCGACGAGAGCGAGCAAUCGAGGUUACGCCUUGCCGCGAAACAAAAGGCGAUAGAUACUCUACCAUCCUAUAUGGUACCGCAAUUCUUUCUCUUUAUCGAGAAGAUACCGAAAUCUAUGGCAGGCAAGAUCGACAAGAAGGCUUUGACGAGUAUCUUCCGGGAAUCGAUCGAAUUAGAUGCAGAACCGGAUGAAGCUGAGCAGAUUGCUUCAAGCUACAGAUGGAACGAGCGGCAAGAAUGUAUCCGCGACAUCUUCUCGAAGCUUUCUGGUACUCCGCAUGAAGACAUCAGACCAUGGACAUCUAUCUACCAACUUGGUCUCGACAGCAUCAGUGCUGUCCAGAUCGCAGCUGCACUGCGCAACCAAGGCUUGCAGGCGAAUGCGACAGAUGUUCUAAAGUACAUGAACUGCAAGGAUCUCGCUACACAUCUUGAGCGCUCGUCAAAGCUUGAACCCGCGAAAUUGGUGCAGUUUGACUUUGACGCUUUUGAGCGGAAGCAUAGGAAAGAGAUCGCGAGAACGUGCUGCAUUGCGGACGAGCAGAUCGAAGCCAUACGACCAUGCACGCCUAUGCAGAACGGCAUGCUUUCACAGUUUGUUGCCAAAGAGGGCGAGAUCUAUUUCAAUUACCUUCGCCUAAAAUUGGACGACAACAUAGACUUGCAGCAGUUGAGCGAUGCAUGGUUGAUGACUGUUGAGAAGCACCGUAUGCUACGUACAGGUUUUGCACACGUCAAAGAUAGAAUUGCAUCGUUCGCCAUGAUCCACUACGUACCUGAUCCCGCGUCGUUUCGAGGUUUUACUCGCGCGGAGGCUCCUCGAACAGCUGAACAGUGGCUGCAUGAAUCUGAACAAGAAGCGGUCAAAAGCCUUCAUCAUCCACCUUGGCGCGUGCGGGUAAACAACGUGGACGGUGUCAAUUACCUGGAUCUGGCCCUUUUGCAUGCUAUAUUCGAUGCUCAAAGCUUGCAGCUCGUUUUCGGCGAUGUCGUAGCUGCGUAUCACAACAAGGUAGUCACUGCAGCAUCAUUCGAGCCAGUCAUCGAGAACAUCUUGCAUCUGAGCGGUAGCGAGAACUCUUCGUCCAAUGAGUUCUGGAAGCAGCUCGGAAAAGUCGCGACUCCGACGCGAUUUCCUAACCUGUCCCCGCUACGGCACGAUCCAGGCCCACCCGUCGUGCUCGUCAAGAAAUCCAAACGAACGCUGGAAGAGCUAGAGAGGGGAUGCAAGGCAUCCAACAUCACCCUGCAAGCUGCGGGUCUCGCUAGCUGGGCAAUGCUGUUGUCCGCCUACGUUGGCGAGCCCUCCGUCACCUUCGGUGUCAUUUUAUCUGGUCGAACUACCGAAGGUGCAGAAGCCGCCGUCUUUCCUUGCAUCACCACUAUACCUUUCGCCUGUCAAGUCCCUGAUGACCACGCGAAGAUGCUAAAAAGCGUUUUGUCGUUGAGUGCUGAGAUCCAACGACAUCAAUUCACACCACUCAACAAGAUCCAGAAGUUGAUGGGCUAUCCGAACGAACCGCUCUUUGACUCUAUCUUCGCGUUUCAGAAACUUGCCAGCGGCAGUACCCCAUCCGAAUUGUGGGUUGUCGUGGAAGAGAAAGCAUUAAUCGAGUACCCGUUGUCGAUCGAGCUUGAGCCUAGGAACGGGCAAUUAGAGAUUCGGCUGACGUUCCUUCCUCACGUUGUUCCGAAGGAACAAGGCUCUAUUAUUCUAGAUCAACUAGAUUACCUCAUUGAGAGGAACGUCUUUCCUGGAGCGGAAUCUCAAACGCCCAACUUCCAUCCGAACAUCUUUUCAAUCACACCUGCGGACACCCCAACUAUCCCAUCCGAAGCCAGCCUGCUCCAUGAUUUCGUGGAGCUGACCGCAGCCAAGUUUCCAACCCGCGUUGCUUUCGAAUUCGCAACAUCGUUGCGCCAGGGCGCUUAUGAGAGCCGAAAAUGGACCUAUGCACAACUCGAUGGCGAGGGUAACCGGAUCGCCAACGUUCUUGUCUCACAUGGAGUACGACCUGGUGAACUAGUCGGUGUGUGUUUCGAAAAAUGUCCUGAGGCGUCGAUCGCCCUCUUGGGAAUUUUGAAAGCUGGCUGUGCAUUCCUCGCACUUGAUCCCGGAGCGCCUACUGCUCGUAAAACGUUCAUUCUCAAGGACUCUGGGGCACCUAUGGUACUUUCAUUGAACGCUCAAUCGGCUAGUUUCAAGGAGUAUAUCGAAGCAACGAUCCUCAACCUCGAUGAGAUCGAUUGGCGUUCCGCAUCGGUAAAGAAGCCAGGCCUCGAGCGGACUAUCGACCCACAAGACCGCAGCUACUGCCUGUAUACUUCCGGUACGACUGGUACACCAAAAGGAUGUGAACUUACUCAUGAGAAUGCUGUGCAGGCGAUGCUUGCAUUUCGACGGCUAUUCCGCGGCCAUUGGGACGACGACUCUCGUUGGCUCCAGUUCGCUUCCUUUCACUUUGACGUGUCCGUACUCGAGCAGUACUGGAGCUGGUCGGUCGGUAUGUGUGUUGUCUCUGCCCCAAGGGAUCUUAUAUUCGAAGACCUUGCUGCAUCUAUUAGGGCCCUUCAGGUCACACAUAUCGAUCUCACACCCAGCCUCGCGCGGAUCCUACACCCUGAUGAUGUACCAACGCUGUGCAAGGGUGUGUUCAUCACAGGAGGCGAAAGCCUCAAACAAGAGAUCCUCGAUGUCUGGGGCCCGAAGAGCGUCGUCUACAACGGCUACGGGCCGACCGAGGCUACCAUCGGUGUUACUAUGUAUCCUCGCGUUCCUGCCAAUGGUAAACCGUCCAACAUUGGUCCCCAAUUCGACAACGUGGGAUCUUACGUAUUGCGUCCGGACUCCGAUUUACCUGUUUUAAGAGGCGGAGUCGGCGAGUUGUGCGUGUCGGGCAAGUUGGUCGGAAAGGGCUACUUAAAUCGACCAGACCUGAGUGGAGAACGAUUUGCCCACCUCAAGCGUUUCGAUGAGAGAGUGUAUCGCACCGGUGAUCUAGUCAGGAUUCUGCACGAUGGCACAUUCGACUUCAUAGGACGCGCAGACAGCCAGGUCAAGCUGCGUGGCCAGCGGCUCGAAAUUGACGAAAUCAACUCCGUCAUCAAGCAAUGCGGUAUUACGGUCGCAGACGUGGCCACCCUUGUCUUGAAGCAUCCGAAACAACAAAAGGAGCAGCUAGUGGCCUUCGCUGUGAUGGGCUUUGGGACGCGCGGCGACACGAAGGUUUUACUGGAGGCGACUGGCGAUCUAUGGAGAGCGAAAGAAGCAUGCCAGGAGAAGUUGCCGCCGUAUAUGGUGCCCACACAUUUCGUCCCUCUUACCACUAUGCCAUUGUCCGCCAACAACAAGGUUGAAGCGGGGAAGCUCAAGGAAAUGUAUGAGACAUUGUCUAUUAGUGACUUACAGCUUCUCUCGUCAGGUAUACAAACGAGGGAUGGGGAGUGGACGCCGCAGGAAGAGAGGGUCCGAGCUCUGCUUCAGGAAGCAUUGAACAUCACCGAUACCGAUAUUAGCAAAGAUGUAAGUUUCUUUGAGCUGGGUAUGGAUUCAAUCUCCGUGAUAGGUGUAUCAAGAUCGUUGAAGCAGGCUGGAUUCGCGAAAGCCACAGCAUCUAUCAUCUUGAAAAAUGCAACCAUUCGACAGCUGACAAAGACAUUGUCGGAAACGUCACUUAAAGCGGACCAUCGAGGAUCUGUCACUGCUGCACAGCAAGCGAUUACAGCAGUGCAGCACCGAUACAGACGAACUGUGGCCGAGACCUUGUUCAUGGACACCAGGAAUAUCGAGGCACUAGCUCCUUGCACGCCGUUGCAGCAGGGUAUGAUUGCGAGGUCCUUGGAGAGCGGGAAUGCUGUCUACUUCAAUAGCUUCCGAUUCGCAUUGAGCGAUGAUGUCGACGUGAAAAGGCUGCGGGAUGCCUGGGACCAUGUUUUUGCAUCAACAGAGAUCCUACGUACCGCCUUUGUGAACACUGACCAUGGGUUCUUGCAGGCAGUACUUCGAGAUACCGAGCUUCCUUUCUUUGAGGAUACUCUACACCAAGAUGAUGUACUUGAGGAUCACCUUGCGAAGAAGAAGGAGGAAUGGGUCCGCCGCCUAAGGGGGAGGGAAUUCAAGAGGCUAAUGGAGGUGCUUGUGGUGGGCGCUUCGACCGACAGACUCUUGGUAGUGCAUAUAUUCCAUGCACUCUACGAUGGCAACAGUAUCGGGCUCGUCUUCCAAGCCGUAUGGGAUGCCUACAACGGCCGCAAGAUCCAAAUCGGCCCAGCAUUCCACUCUACUCUCGCCUACGGCCCGUUGCAACCCACAGUAGAUGCCAAACACUUCUGGAAGAAGCAACUUCAAGAUCGAAGCUUCCAACCGCUCCCGACCUCCAACGACAAAUCUGGCGACGGGCCGGUUGUAGUGACCCGAAAAGUCCAAAAUUUGCCAAACCUUGAGGUUACGAGACGAAAGCUCAAUGUCACUGCGCAAGCCAUUGCACAAGCUUGUUGGGUUAACGCUCUCCACCAACAUCUGAAGGCUACAGUGAACAUAGGUAUAGUAAUUUCUGGCCGCAAUAUCGACUUCGAAGGCGCAGAUAAAGUCAUCGGGCCUCUUUUCAACACCAUACCAUAUCAGUACCGCGCACAACAGCGCGAGACUUGGGCUUCACUGGUGACGCAAUCCCACGAAUUCAAUAUCGUCGCGCAAACACAUCAGCAUACACCUUUGAGAGACAUCAUGAAGUGGCUGGAGCGAGGGUCAAAUCAGCCGCUGUUCGAGACGUUGUUUGUUUACCAGGUCGCUGAAGAGGAUGAACGGUGGACCAAGAACGAGUUAUGGCAACUGCAAGAUAGUGGAGCUGAAGCAGACUACCCUCUUGCUUUCGAGGUUGAGCAGAGCCCAGGUGGAGUUCUGAUGUUAACUUUAGUCGCUCAAAGCCAUGUGGCGGACUUGGCUGCAGCGAACGAACUGCUUGAGGAAUACGAGGAAGCUCUGCGGAAGGCUGUUGAUGACCCAGACGCAGUGCUGGAGACAUUCGUUUCAAAAGGUGAAGACCGCGCAAACGGUGUGCUUGUCAGCUCUACGGUCGAGACAUUUGAUGGCACAAAAACCUUUAGAUGGAGUACCCAUGCCAGUAUGAUUCGUCAUGAAGUCGCCAAUCUAUCCGGGGUCGAAGCCGAAGAAGUCAAUGCGAACACCUCCAUAUUUGAACUUGGCCUUGAUAGCAUCGACGCUAUCAAAUUGUCUGCCAGGCUCAAGAAACACGGCAUCGAACUCCCUGUCAGCGGCAUCAUGCGCAGUCUCAACAUCGCCAAUAUGACACAGCGCAUGACCGUAGGCACAGAGAAGGAUAAUACACGACCCUCAGAUAUGAUCUAUCAAGCGAACAAGAAGCGUUUGGAGAGUUACCUUCGGCGUCGUGGAUUGACUGAAGGCGUGGAGCAAGUCUUGCCGCCCACACCAUUGCAAGGGGCCAUGGUGAUCGAGAUGGUCGCCUCCGAGUACACGAGGUAUUACAAUCAUGACGUGCUGAAAUUGAGACCAACCAUCGAUCUGGAGAAAUUGAAGGAAGCAUGGGCAGAAGUCGCUGCCGCAUCCCCCAUCUUACGCACUUCGUUUGUCCCAGUGGACGACCCGAGCAUCGACUUCUCUCAUGCACAAGUCAUUCACUAUCAUCUGCACGACUUUUGGGGGUCUACAGAUAUUGACCACGAACCCGACUUCCCAGCCCUUUUUAGCAAGAUCCGAGAGAAGGCAGUGACCGAACUUUCAUCUCAACCCCUCUUCCACGUCUCCCUUAUUAGAUCACCGCGACAAGCUUACUUGGUUCUCUCAAUCGCUCAUGCCUUAUACGAUGGAUGGUCGCUAAGCCUACUUCAUUCCGACGUACACGACGCGUAUGCCGAUAAACUCCACCCCCGACCAACGUACGAGCCUACAUUGCACGAGAUUCUAACAGCAACGGGAGCAGACGCUGUUGCGUUUUGGCGUGACUACCUUUCGAACGCCAAGACAGCCACUUUCCCUUACCAUACUGGCUCGUCUCUCCAGACGGUUCAUCGGAAACAGCAGGGUAGCUGCCUUCCGCUCGAAGUUGUCACUUCUUUCGCCAAGCAACACAACAUCACACUACAGACACUUGGUCAAGUGGUACAUGGAGUGAUUGUUGCAUCAUACACCAAAUCUCUCGAUGUCACCUUUGGUUCGGUACUGUCUGGUCGUGAUGACGAGUCGAAAGUCAAAGUCCUCUUCCCCACAAUGAAUACUGUGGCCAUACGGACCAUAUUUCACGGCACUUGGCUGACCAUGCUUCAGUACGUGCAAGAUAAUUUCUUAAGCAUCAAGCAGUGGCAGCACUUCCCGCUUCGCAAAGCUCUUUCUCUCGCUGGCGUGCACGGAGCUUUGCUGCAGAGCCUUUUCAUCUAUCAGAAGAGUAUGAGCGAAAAGACGGGAGAGUCAGAGAAGCUGUACAAGAGCAUCCAGGGUCGGAGUGAUGUCGAGUACCCCGUCUGUGUGGAGAUGGAAGUCGUUGAUAAAGGACUGGUCUGGCGAUGUGCGGUCAAAGAUGAAGUGUUCGAUAAGGCGGGCGCACAAGAACUGCUAGACAGACUUGAUGGUGUACUUCAAACCAUCAUUGCAACGCCGGACGCUCCGGUCAUCGAGUUCACCGCAAACGGAGCAUCACUUUGCGGUCUGCCAGCAUUUACGAACGAGCAAGCGGAUGAUAGCGCACGGUCUCAUCCUGUGGCGAAACAGCAAGGAGCUAAACACCCAGCAUCGCCUACCACCAAUAUCAUUCGAGACGUGUUGGCUUUCGUAUCUCAAACACAUGUUGAAGAGAUCACUGCAGGCAUGACUAUCUUCCAUAUGGGUCUCGACUCAAUCAGCGCUAUCAAAGUAUCCUCAUUGCUGCGCAAGCGUGGAAUCACACUUAGCGUAGGCGAGAUGUUGAGAGCUGGUACUGUGGAAGAAAUGGUGCGCAUCAUGGACAAGAGAGUACCGACGGUCGGAUAUGAAAACGGAAACAUCGAUAUCAUUCUGGAAGACAUACUUCCUGAGAUCGAGCGAGCAAGUCUUCUCGCAAGAGCAGGCAUCGAACAAGAAGAUGUUGAGCGCGUUUUACCUGCAACGGCUGGUCAAAUCUACAUGCUCUCUACAUGGGUCAAUUCAAACGGCGCGAUAUUUUAUCCAGAGUUCAGUUACCGCAUCCAUGGUGAGAUGUCUUUCGGGGACAUACAAACAGCGUGGAAGAAGAUGGUCGCGCAAAAUGCGAUUCUGCGCACAUUCUUUAUUACGACCAAGGACAGGCGGACGCUAUACACCCAAGCUAUGAUGCGCAACGCGGAGGCCAGCGUGCAGGACGUCAGCAAUACCACCCCUAAUGAGCUAUCGGAUCGGAAAGCGAAGGCGGCCUCGAAACAACCAUACGCGCAUCUGUUCGUGUCCAGGGCAGCACCAUCAAGCCCGUGGGACGUUCAGCUAAAGAUUCAUCAUGCGCUCUACGACGGUGUCAGCCUGCCACUUAUUGUCCAGCAACUUCAAGACCUCUGCAAUACUGUCGACAGUACGACUCCCACCGAUAUACUCCCUAUGAUCAUAGCGAAGACGUCAGAUGCCUCUUCGAUCGAACAGCGCAUGACUUUCUGGACGAAUUACCUCAAGGACGUCUCUCAGCACCAUCUGUGCCAGCCCAGCGCUCCACCCACCUCACGAAUCGAGAUCUUCAAACCCAACCUUCUCCCAAGCGUGACCGACCUCGAGUCGCAAGCUCACAAGCACGGCCUUACAACACAAUCGCUAUUCCUCGCCACAUACGCAAAGCUCUACGCCCGUGUGACAUCAACACCUGCAUCCGCCGAUGUUGUAGUAGGCCUCUACCUCGCCAACCGCUCUCUUCCCAUCGCCAAUUUGCACGAAGCACCUAGCCCCACAAUGAAUCUUGUCCCGCUGCGCGUCUCAGCACCUUUAGGGGCAGAUGUUUUCGACGUCGCGGCGCAGAUACAGUACGAUAUCCAGGAGAUCAGUGCACCAGCGAACGCGUCUGCGGGUCUGUGGGAGAUAGCAGAGUGGACGGGCGUAAAGGUGGAUACUUUCGUGAACUUUUUGAAGCUGCCUGGUGGUGGGGAGGAUGCUGAGGAGGCAGCCAUCAAGGUUACGCCUGCGGAACAGUGGACUGAAGGGUCGAGUAGGGUUGUGGAAAUUGGUGGUGGGGUUGUGGUGCCGCCGGAAGAGUUGGUGGAUAGGUGUAUGCAAGGGGCGUAUCUUCAUGCGGUCGACAUUGAAGCUACGAUCAGGAAUGGAGCGCUGGACGUGGGUGUAUUCGCUCCAGAGAAGAUGAUGAAUUUAAAGGCGGGUGAGAGACUGUUUGAGGAUAUCAGGAUCGAGCUGGAAGGCGCCGGCCAGAUGGGGAUUCAAGGUGUUCUUAACUGA